GAUUCCGGUAAAGGAGGGCUGAUUCCGCUGUUCCAGAUUGCAGAGCGUGCAUCAGAGUCAGAGAGAGAGAGAGAGAGGGAGUGAGUGAGUGAGAGAGAGAGAGAGAGAGAGAGUGAGAGAGUAAUCAAUGAAAGCUGAGUAUCCCCUGUGCCUCAAGUUGCACUGGAUUUAAAUCUCCAUCACGCAGAAUAAGCGUCGGGAACCAGCGGCACCACAGCAACAGAGAGCUCUCAUAAAUAACCCUUACAGUGAGCAAAGGAAAGACUAAAAAAGACAACGAGAAAGAAAAAGACAAGGAGUGAUCAUUAGAAAAGAAUGUAUCACCCAGCCUGCUGCCUCAUCCUGUCCGGAGUGUUCGCUCUUCUCCUCUUCCCAGGUAAGCAACAUACAAUUCAAUCUUCCACAAUGGAUUCUAAGGCUGAAGACAAAGGAGUGCCGGUGCGAAGCGGGGACUCUCCCUUCCCCAAAGCCAUGGACAACGUCACGGUCAGACAAGGAGAAAAUGCUGUCCUCAGGUGUAGGUUGGACAACAAAGUAACACGGGUGGCCUGGCUGAACCGAUCCAGUAUACUGUUUGCUGGCACUGACAAGUGGUCAAUAGACUCACGUGUGAUCCUCUUGAACACCAGCGCCACAGAAUACAGCAUUCAGAUCAAAGAUGUGGAUAUUUACGACGAGGGACCCUAUAUUUGCUCUGUGCUUUCAAACAACAACCCCAAGGGAUCUCGGGUACAUCUCAUCGUUCAAGUUCCCUCAAAGAUUGUCAACAUCUCCAGUGACAUCACAGUGAAUGAAGGUAGCAGCAUCACUCUGAUGUGUCUCGCUUUUGGUCGACCGGAGCCAAUGGUGACAUGGAGGCAUCUUGCACCAAGAGGCAGAACCGGUGGAAAGUCUUCUGGAUCCUUUGUAUCCACCUUUACCUCUCACCAGUUUCAAAGUGAUGGAGAAUAUCUGGAGAUCACAGAAAUUUCAAAGAACCAGUCAGGAAUAUAUGAAUGCAGCGCCAGCAAUGACGUCUCUAAACCAGAUGUCAGGAAAGUACAAGUAACAGUAAAUUAUCCGCCAGUCAUCUCCAAUACAAGUAACACAGGUGUGCCUGUUGGUCAGAAGGGAAUCCUACAGUGUGAAGCUUCAGCGGUGCCAUUAGCAGAGUUUGAAUGGUACAAAGAAGAUCGAAGGCUCUUCAAUGGACUCAACGGAGUCAGGAUUGAGAGCAAAGGCAAGCAAUCCAAGCUCACCUUUUUCAACGUCUCUGAGGAGGAUUACGGCAAUUACACCUGCGUAGCAAUGAACAAGCUGGGCAACACAAAUGCUAGCAUCAUCCUGUACAGUCCUGGAGCAGUUCGUGACACCAGCAACACUGUGGCCUCUCCUUUACGUGGCUCAUUCUGCCUACUGUUGACUAUCAUUUUGCAAAAGCUUCUCAUGUUUUGAUGCAGCACUGCUCUCCUCCCAGCAUCCUCAACAUCCCAGUGCCGCAGACUUCUAGCUCUCUACACAAAAGCGGAAUAGCAGCAUUAAAGACGGUUGCAUUUUAAUAAAAAGACAAGCAGGGAAAUUGAGAAGAAGGGCAACUUGGGGUCUCAAAGUAGUUAGCCUUCAGCUUAAUUUUGUAAAAAAGUGGCAAAAUUGGGGAAAGGGAGGGGGAGGGCAAUGGGAAGGGGGGCACUGAGGAAUGAAAUCAAAAAGAAAAUCACACUUCUAGUGUAACAGUAAGUGGAUUUGUUCAUAUUUAUGAUUUCAUCACUGAUUUGUCUUUUUUAUUAUUUUGGUUUUCUUGUGUCAAAAAAGUGAUAGUAGCAAAAAAAAAAAAAAAAA